AUGACACCUACAGAUCGCUCAUUGUCAUUGAAGAGCCUGCCUAUGAGAGAUGCCUCUGGAUCAGGACUCCUUGCUCCAGACGGCUACCCACAAACUCCCUCAACACCAAGAGGGAUUACUCCACUCACAUCCAAAGUGACCAGUGUCCUUUCAACGACUCAUUCUGAUACUGAGUUUCGAGAUGCUCUCGCUCUUCUUGAUGAGCGUGGAAUCCAGAACGAUGCUGAAACUCGUCGGCGUGUUCGGCUAGACCUGCAAAAAGAAGUCAUUGACAGUAAUGGAGAAGUGAUUGCCGAAUUCGGGCGUGUUGCAGAGCAACUUCGGCGUAUCAAAACGACUAUUGACAAGCUUAACAAUGGUUACGAGGACAUGAAAAGCCAAGUUGUCGAAGCUCACAGGCAAACAUUGCCAGCACUCUCCGAGGCAUCUUCUCUCCUGGAGCAAAAGAGACAGGUUGAGGUGAAGCAAGAGCUUCUCGGUGCUUUCAAGAAGCAUUUCGUCAUGUCGGAGAAUGAAGUUGCCGCACUUACUCAAACAGCCGAGCCAGUAGAUGACCGCUUCUUCGAUGCCUUGAGCAAAGCGAAAAAGAUCAGCAAGGACUGCGAGAUCCUGCUUGGGUUCGAGAAGCAGACUUUGGGUCUAGAACUGAUGGAGCAAACGUCGAAGAACAUCAAUCUCGGUUUCCAAAAACUUUACAAAUGGAUACAGCGAGAGUUCAAGACAUUGAAUCUCGAAAAUCCGCAGAUGAACUCAUCAAUUCGCCGGGCAUUGCGUGUUCUUGCCGAAAGGCCAUCACUGUUCCAGAACUGCCUCGACUUUUUCUCCGAGGCUCGAGAACGAAUCCUUUCAGACUCAUUCUAUGUUGCUUUGACAGGUGCCUCACCCUCAGGAACUGAAGAUCCCUCUGUCAAGCCCAUCGACAUGCUAGCACAUGAUCCGCUACGCUACGUCGGUGACAUGCUGGCUUGGAUUCAUUCAGCCACUGUCAGCGAACGUGAGGCAUUGGAGGUCUUGUUUGUCGCAGAGGGAGAGGAACUUGCCAAAGGCUUCAAAUCUGGCCGAGACGCAGAGAUCUGGCGCCUCAUUGCAGAGGACGACGAGGCCGAGGCUGACUUUAAUGCGCUGAAGGCACUGAACGACCUAGUCGACCGUGAUAUCUCUGGAGCGGCUCGCGUGCUUCGCCAAAGAAUGGAGCAGGUGAUCCAAGCCAACGAAGACACCAUACCCGCCUAUAAACUCGCAAAUCUUAUCAAUUUCUACCGUGUCACUUUCCAAAAGACACUUGGUCCCAAUUCUAACUUAGUAGAGUUGAUUGGAGGCCUGGAAACAGAGGCCUUGCGCCAGUUCCGAGCACUUGUCAGAGAUCACAUUGCAACUCUGCAGGGAGAAUUCCAGCACGCUCCAUUAGACCUUGGCCCCCCUGCCUUUUUACAAGAUUCGCUCAAACAACUCAAGGCCAUCAGCAAAACUUACGACUCCUCCUUAUCUACCUCAGAGGAUCGCGAGAGCGAGUUUGAGAAUGUGCUUUCGGAAGCCUUUGAACCAUUCAUGUCCGGUUGUGAAAACAUGGCUAAGAACAUGAACGCCCAGAAUGGUGCGAUCUUCCUGAUUAAUUGUAUCUCUUCUGCGAUAGCAUGUUUGGAGCCAUUCGAGUUCACGCAACGUCGAACUAAACGACUGCGAGAGAAGUCAGAUAAUGCGGCUAAAGGACUCAUUACAAGUCAAUACCAAUUCCUUCGAAAGGGGUCAGGAUUGGAUGCCAUUUUCACGAAGCUGGAGGAGGAUGACGACAAGAGCGCUGCUUUACUGGAUGAGAAAGAGCUCGCUCAAGCAAGCCAGAUAUUGGAUGACUUUCUGCCAUCAGCACUUAUGGACGCUAUGGAUAAUCUGAAACAUCUCCAGGAUUCGAAGCUAGCUCGACAAAUUACUGAGGAGGCAGCAGAACAGUUCUGCAACGACUUUGAACAGCUUGAAGAGGUUAUAACCGAGUGUGAAGAUGAAUCUGUCGAUUCAGAAGAGGACGAAGGUCUACGGUCGGUUUUCCCUAGAACAACCGCCGAGAUUCGUGGUGGGCGGUGCGAUCCUGGACUACGUCACCGCCUGCCCAAGUUUAACCUGCUAAUCCAUGUCAGGGCCCUGGCUGUUUUGCAGAAGACCUACGAUGAUAGUUAUCUAAGUUGCUCAACUGCUAUUUACUAUGAAGGCCAGGGGAGUGAAACAGAAGCCAUGCGACAUUGGCGAGCUGCCCUUGAUCAGAUCUAUGAUUACAAUGCAAAUCGGGCACCCCCCGCAUAUGGCCCACGUACAGACACCGAGAAAGCCUUACAAGAAGCUCUGAAACAGCUCGAAUUACAAUGCAAAGAACGAAUCGAUCUUCUCGAAGCUCUCAGAAUCUCGCGGCAAGAAGAGACGACCAUACCGCAACCACCACCCGGCAAGUUGACAAAGCGACCAAGUAUUCCUGAGGGAAGAGGUUCUCUUGGACAGGGCACAAUCACCGCCAUGCAGUAUUCUGAACUAUCAAGACCAACCCUCCCACACCGUCCAUCACAACCCCGACGCACAUCAUCAGAACUUGCUAUCGUAGAUGGACCCAGCACACACCUAGAUCCAAACAUGGCCUUCCCAUCGCUCUCUCGAUCUGCAUCACCUGGAGGACCAGCUCUGCCACCAAGACCGAAUAAGACUUUACGGACGCCGAGCCCAGAAAAACACACCAUGAGGACAACUUUACGUUCAGGGAAAUUAGGAGAAAAGUCCACCAAACCGCGAAAGCAAGCGAAGCCUCUCGCCGAAGGAUCAAGCAAAGCAGCGACUUUGGCAUGGAGCGCGCUCGGUUCAAGGGAUAGAUUCGCAAGAGGGACCCAGUCGGAGUCCACUCCAGCAACAGCGAGUCCUAGCUCUCGCACUUCCUUGGACCAAAUUCGCAGGCCAGUACCAACGCAAUGGGAUAGUCACUCGAGACGUUUGGUUGUGCCAAAGGACCGCGAUCUUGAUGGAGAAUCUUCAGGAAAUACACGGCACUCUGAUGAGUACUGUUACGCCCGCCCAUCCAUGCUAUCGGUCACUGCUGCUUCCAGUGCGUUAAACUCGUCCUCGUAUCAAGAUUUACCUUCAUCGGACGCUUAUACAAGUCGAACGGAUCGCUUGUCCAACUCGCGCAACGGAUUCGCUUCGCCAUCAUCGCGCAAAGUAUCGAGACAAGAGCGAGCCAACGAUACUGAGACCGGCGACGAUUCUGGAGAGGCAUCAGAGAGGAGAAGUGCGUCAAACAACCUACCAACCCGCAGUCCAGCAGCGAGGCAGCCUGGAAGGUCUUUGAAACCUUCGAGGCCUCAUGCUGAGAGCAGAGAUAGGUCACGACGGCGUGAACGCAAAGUUCGGCAAGUGUCCACCUCAAGCGCGUCUGAUGAUAACACAACUGGGACAACUUCCAGACCACGUCGGGUGAAGGAAAAAGAAGCUCCCAUAGAAGCCGGUUCCCAAGAGGACGAUUCAGAUGCGUCCGAAUCAGAGACCUUAGCGAAGUCUUCUGACGACAUGAGUGAAUGGAAAAACAAAAAGAAGCAAAUUUUGAAGAACCUGCCCGCUGGCGUCGAUGCCGCAGCCGCCAAGCAAAUAUUGAACGAUAUUGUCGUUCAAGGAGAUGAGGUUCAUUGGAGUGAUGUGGCCGGUCUUGAAAUUGCCAAGAACGCACUUCGAGAGACUGUUGUUUAUCCAUUUUUACGGCCUGAUCUUUUCAUGGGACUUCGAGAACCAGCCAGAGGAAUGCUCUUAUUUGGACCGCCAGGAACAGGAAAGACUAUGCUCGCGAGGGCUGUGGCAACAGAGUCUAAGUCGACAUUCUUUUCGAUUUCGGCAAGCAGCCUAACAAGCAAAUACUUGGGAGAGUCAGAAAAACUGGUGCGGGCUCUUUUUGGGUUGGCCCGGACACUGGCACCCAGUAUUAUCUUCGUGGACGAGAUCGACUCGCUGCUGUCACAGAGAUCAGGGUCUGGAGAGCACGAAGCCACCAUGAGGAUUAAGACAGAGUUUCUUAUUCAGUGGAGCGAUCUUCAACGUGCUGCUGCUGGAAGAGAAGCCACCGAGAAAGACAAGGAAAGGGGGGACGCCAACCGAGUCCUUGUGUUGGCGGCGACAAACCUCCCCUGGGCAAUUGACGAGGCGGCUCGAAGACGUUUUGUGCGACGACAAUAUAUCCCGUUACCUGAACCGACUACUCGCGAGACACAGUUCAGGACCCUUCUGGGCCAGCAAAAACAUGACUUGUCUAAUGACGAUAUCCUCAAGUUGGUGGAAUUAACAGAUGGUUUUUCAGGUUCAGAUAUUACAGCCUUGGCUAAGGAUGCAGCUAUGGGACCACUGCGAUCCCUUGGAGAGGCACUGUUACAUAUGACUAUGGACGAGAUCCGGCCGAUUCAAUUGUCCGAUUUCGAGGCGAGCUUGACGACCAUACGACCGAGUGUUAGUAAAGCUGGUCUGAAAGAGUAUGAAGACUGGGCGACAGAGUUUGGAGAAAGGGGAGGAUAG